AUGUCUAUUCUGUCCAAGCCAAACCGAGGCCGGCUACUGGAUGUUGACCGGAAUCCGAUCUUGCACGGCAUUCUGAAGAAGACUUUCUACGAGCAGUUCUGCGCUGGUGAGAAUAAGGCUGAAUCCAUAAGGACCAUCAAGGAGCUGAAAGAAAUGGGUUUCCGCGGUGUCAUGAUGACUUUUGCAAAGGAGACCGUUUUCGAUCAUAGCACUGGGAGCCAACAAGGGCUAGGCGUUGCAGCGCUGGAGGGUGAAAAGGCCGGCGAGCAUCUUCCCCUCAGCGUCACGCAGUGUGCCAAUAUCGAGGCAUGGCGCCAGGGAACCUUGGAAACGGUUGAUCAAUUAUCAGAAGGUGACUGUCUCGCUACUAAGUUGACUGGGGCUGGCCCUAAAGUCACUCAAGCUUUCACUGCCGGCGAUCUUCCACCCCAACAAAUGAUCGACGCGCUCCACGAAAUCAGCCGGAAGUGCAAGGAGCGCAAAGUCCGUAUCUUGGUCGAUGCGGAAUCCCACCACUUCCUCUCCGGUAUCCUUCGAGUGACUCUCGAUCUCAUGCGCGAGUACAACCGUGACGGUUACGCCGUCGUCUAUAACACCUACCAGGCUUACCUGAAAGAAACCCCUGCCACUCUCGCUAGACACCUGGCUGCCGCCCAGCAGGAAGGCUUCACACUGGGCCUCAAGCUUGUCCGCGGAGCCUACAUCGCAUCUGACGAGCGGGCUCUUAUCCACGACACGAAGCAGUAUACCGAUAAUGCGUAUGAUACGAUUGCCCAGGGUGCCUUGAAGCAAGAAAUCGGUGACUUUGGCACCAAGACCCCCUUCCCUUCUGUAAACCUCUUCCUCGCUAGUCAUAACAAAGCGAGUCUCAUCGCUGCCCACCAGCUCCAUAAGCAGCGGUUGGAUACAGGUCUGCCUACUGUUCCUGUCGGAUUCGGUCAGCUUCACGGAAUGUCGGACGAAGUCAGUUUUUCGCUCCUGGCCUUGAAGGAUAGUAAUGGGGAUCCAGAGGUAUACAAGUGCUCGACAUGGGGCACUGUGGGCGAAUGUUUGGCCUAUCUUCUGCGAAGAGCCACGGAGAACCGUGAUGCGGUGCUGCGAACCGCUGAUGAGUAUGAUGCAUUGAAAAUGGAGUUUAAACGGAGGUUUAAAGCGGCUUUUUCUUUGUCUGGGGAAGAUAGGAGUAUAUAA